AUGGCUGUCAACGCUCCGAUAUCUUCUCCGGCGGCUCACCCGCGAACACAAUUUUUCUCCAACCCCGUUCUCCCUCGCUUUCGCCGCUCCUUCUCCGCCGUGAAAUCACCACCAGCUUUCUCAGUCGUCUCUAUGGCUCCCCAGAAGAAGGUGAACAAAUAUGAUCCAAAGUGGAAGAAGCAAUGGUACGGAGCCGGACUGUUCGUGGAAGGGAGCGAGGAGAUAAACGUCGACGUUUUCAAGAAGCUGGAGAAGCGGAAAGUGCUGAGCAACGUUGAGAAAUCAGGUCUGCUCUCGAAAGCAGAGAGCUUGGGACUCACGCUGUCGUCACUCGAGAAGCUCAAAGUAUUCUCCAAAGCAGAGGACCUCGGUCUCCUCAGCCUCCUUGAGAACUUAGCCGGUACAUCGCCUGCGGUCUUGGCUUCGGCUGCAUUACCGGCUCUGACGGCUGCGAUUGUAGCCAUUGUGGUGAUCCCGGAUGACUCGACUACGUUGGUGGUUGCUCAGACGGUUUUGGCCGGUGCUCUUGCUCUUGGCGGCGUUGUUUUGUUGGUUGGUUCUGUUGUUUUGGAUGGACUUCAAGAAGCUGACUGA